UUAAAUAACUGUUUCUACUUUUAGCGUGAAAGCUUUUUCAAUGAAUAACUUUCCAGGCAAAAUGAACUAAAAGUUGCUUUUAAAGCCUACUUGCAUAAAGAUUUUAAUUGUCUCACUGGAUUUGGUAACAAUAUUAUAACCAUUUUUAUCAAACUUAAAAUUCAACCAACUAUUAAUAUGCCAUUAGAAUGCAUAAAUCUUAUUCAAAGUCAUCUGUGAUGAAUUAAUUUAUACUCAAUGGACUUAACACGUUACCUCUAUCAUGAGACUGCCCUAAUCAAAUUACCUUUCAGUUUGCGCUUUUAAUUUCUUUCUUUCAAACAGUUAAUUUAAUAUUAGAUUACAUCUCAUCCUAAGAGCUGAAUGCCGAUUGUAGUCAAAACCUAGGAUUGUGACAAAAGAUAAAGAAGACAGGUUUGGCAAAGAAACGAUUUAUACUCUGGACCAAUCUUCUCUUCGAUUACCACUAAUCACUAAUUGGGAUAAUUGCUGUUAUAACUUAUAAGUAAUCGAUCAAGUUUACACACCAAUUGGAAAAGUAUUUACAAUUUAAAUGGUAGCCUUGAUCAGGAUCAAGUCAGGGUAAACAAGUGGAAAACCCUUUUGUGUUCUCAGGUUUUAUAUGAAAGCCAACUGAAUCUACCUUCAAUUGGAUAAACUUUGGAAUGAUUUGUAGAAAUAUCUGACAAAUAAUCACCACUCGGUCAAUAUGGUGAACCUGGUUGAUACUCUUCUAUCCCUUCUGAUGACCAUGGUGGGCAUGUUAAUAAUAAUGAUUGUAAUGAAGGUAAUAAUAAUAAUGGUGAUAGUGAAGCUAUUCAUUGUGAAUAUUAUAUUGUGGAAAUGGAAAGACAAGAAGCAAGAAGAAAAAAUGAAUUAAGCCUAAUAACAUGUAGUGUUUCCUUCUCACUGCUGUUUCCAGUUAAUGGAAGGUGGAGUCUCGUUUUGUUUUGAAACUGAUCGUAUUAUUUCCAAGGGGAUUGAUGAAAAUCCAAUUGCUACGAAGAAGCGUGUUGCUAGACUAUUAAAGAUGAUUAACUUGUGAGAAGGUAAUCAUCAAACAAAGAGAGAGUCAACAGAAUCAGAAAACGAAUUCACCUAUUUCUUGGUUCACCUUAGCCUUUCUCUUCAUCUUAUCACUUGUCUGGUCAGUUUCUUAUUAGAAAAUACUUGUCGCUGGUUCAUUUGCUCAAUUAACCAGUCAACCUAACUUGAGCUUAAUUCAGUUGAUUUUGCAUCUCUCAACCUCAUCAUUAGGUGCUAAAUACUACAACUAUUUCUUGGCUCUCCUUUGAAGGCGAUGAAUAGUGGACUUGAUUGUUGGUUAGCAUUUUCAUCAUCAUUCUCAUCAUUUUCACACUUUUGUAACAUUUUAAUUGAUCCAAUAUCAUGGGCUGUCGUUUAAGUAAAUCUUACCUAACAAUCAUUGAAUCUUCCCAAAACAACGUAAUGAACACUCAAACUAUUGAAUUGAUUAAAGACGCUCAUGAGUUGCUCUAUUUUCUCAGGGAUGAUAAUCAUUCCGAUUACAAAUGUAUCUUCGUUUUUGGUGGUUAUGGUUCCAACAAAGGUGAAUUUAUAUUUGAUUUACUCAACGAUGAUUUAAAGCGAGGAGAAAGAGUUAAAGAUCAAUUUGGUUGGCAUUAUGUUUACCUGGAUGUCGAGGAGUUGAUCAUUAAAAAUAUUAAAACUCGCGUCAGACAAUUGACAGGAUCUCUGGACCAGGAGAACGAGGAAAGUGAAGAGAUGAAACAAAAUGCUGAUGAAAACACUGAAAGUGAUACAAAGCAAAUAGUCGAAGAUGUUGACAGUGAGAAAAAAGACGAUCAAGAGGAACCACCUUCAGUCCAGACUGAGGUUGAAAGUAUCAAUGAUACGUCCAUGUCAUUGAUUGAUUUACCAGAAGAGGUUAAUAACAAUCCUUCAAGGAAAUCAUCGAAAGAGUUGUUAGCUGAAGCUGAUGAUGGUCGUUGGGAAGAUACUGGAUUCUUGAAGAAAUAUUUCAGUGAAUUAGCAAAUGUGAUUACCAACAAUUGGGUUCGACAGUUGAUUGAGAAGGAAAUUGUUUGUUUUGAUGUUAACGAUUCAAAAUCAAAAUAUAUCAUCAACUUGGUGCCCAAUCGGAUAAACCUAUUCCGUGAUUGCCUUUACCUAAAACAAGGACCAAAUUUUGUUAACUUUGAUUACGAGUAUGUUGCUGUUAACCUAAUCAGAGCUGAUCAAACACGAAAAGAUUUGGAUCUUAUUCUUGAUUUUCACAGUUACGAGGAUAUAAGUGACUACUUUGUUGAAUAUUUUAGAUCAAUCAAUAAACUGAUUGAGGUUAAAAUUGAGACUAAAAAGAUGGAACCAAAGUUAAAAAUAACUCGCCACUCAACAGCAGUUAAAAUUAAAAAUUGUCAGCAACUAGAAGAGCUGAUUAAAAAUCAACCUAAAAAUGAAACAAUUGAGGUUGACAUCAGUGAAUUUACAGAUAUCUUGGAUCGUAAAGGUUCACUGGUUUUUUUGCUCGAUAAUCAAAUUGAUACUGGCCGAGAAAUUAUUGCAAUUGAUUCAAGUGAAACUGAUGUUAAAGCAAUUCGUAAUUUUGUCCAUUUUUAUUGCCAAAUAAAGGAUAGUUUAGAUCAUUAAUUGAUAUCAAAACUCGGUUGCGGCAUUAAUUUGGCCUUUUAUAGUCAUUAAAUUUAUUGGAUCAUCCAUUUCAUCUUGUUUUCAGCUUUUGUUAAUUUUGUUUUCAACCAUUGUAAAUUAUUGUGAUCAAAAUAAAUUGCAUAGAAUCUGAAACUUACUAAAUUUAUCUGUGAUGGAUUGAUCUUUGAGUAAUAAUCAUUUGACAUAAU